AUGCUGGGCGACGAAGAGGACGUUUUUGAUAGUGUCACUUGGGAGUCCCCUUCGGCACCCUAUCACGCCGAUCACACCGUCCAACCGUCUGGCCCAGGCUUCAAGCAGAGUACGGCAGGGACAGAGGAUGAACGGGGUCCACACGAUCCAAAGUGGGAGGGAUAUCUCAUCGUUACUGUCAAAGAUCCUGUAAAAGAACUCGCAGAAACUAAAGACGCAUACGUCUCCUACCUAGUCUCGGCAAAGACUAAUCUUCCGAUCUUCUCUACUCCCAAUCCAUCCUCUCGUCGACGAUUCCAGGACUUUGUAUUUCUGCGAGACCACCUUGUGAAGGAUUUUCCAGCAUGCGUAGUACCUGCUCUUCCCGACAAGCACCGGUUAGAGUACCUGACGGGCGAUCGCUUUAGCCCAGAGUUUAUGGAACGCCGCAGACUAGAGUACCGUCUCAUCUUUGACAGUCUACACCGUUUCCUCGAACGCAUAUCCAGACACCCCACUCUACAACGUAGCACUCUCGUUCGUGCGUUCUUCGAGUCAACAGAAUGGCACGUUCAUAUGCAUCAACAUCUCGCACACCCUCCUGGGCCAGAACCCACACCAGGACUCAUCGAUAACAUCUCAGACACCCUCCUCAACGCGUUUGCGCGCGUUCGCAAGCCCGAUGAACGCUUUCUCGAUAUGCGCGAAUCUGUCGAUAAAUUUGAGGAUGGGCUUGUCGUUUGCGAGCGCCUCUGGAACCGCGUCCGUGGUCGCACAAACGGUGGCGGUCUUGCUCCCGGCGAAGAUUUGACAGCGGAUUAUCACGAUCUAGCCGUCGCCGUGCAGGGACUUGGUUUUCUGGAAUCAGGGAUUACAGACCCAUUGAGCCACUUCUCAAAUACCCUGCUCGAAUUCUCUGCAUUGCUCAGACAUAAGACUCAAACAACCACUGACCCUUUCCUCGUCCAUCUUCAUUCACUGCUAACCUACUCCCAUGCAAACCGUGCAGUUCUGAAACUUCGUGACCAGAAGCAACUUGAUUUUGAGGAAUUAUCGGAUUAUCUCUCUGGAGUAACACAAGAACGUGAUCGACUGUCUGCCGUUAUUUCAGGGCACGCAGGAAGUACCGGGCUGGGGCUGAGUGCAUACCUAAAGGACAAAGUGGAUUCUCUUAGGGGCGCUGAUGAUGAUCGGAGCCGAGUCGAGAAGAUGAGAAAGUUGGAUAUUAAGAUCAAAGAACUGCAAGAUGCUGUAACAACAGCACACGAGACAUCAGACGCAUUCAGCGAUGAGACUCUGCGAGAGCAGACUAUAUUCCAAUAUACGAAGGAAGCAGAGAUGAAAGAAAUGCUGGGGAACCUUGCAGAAGGCGAAAUUGAAUUUUAUCAGUCGGCAAUGGAAGAGUGGGAGCGGAUUAUACCUAUCAUUCAACGUAUACGGGUUGACGUUUAG